UGUGUAUUAGCUCGCCCUGGCCUGCAUUGCGUCGAAUUCCCCCCAACCCACACGCGAGCGCGCGCGCGCGCACGCACGCACGCACACACACACAUUCACACACACUCGCACACAUACACACAGUCUCUCUCUCUCUCUCUCUCUCUCUCUCUAUCUCUCUCUCUGUUAUGUAUGCGAAAUGCAGCGCAUUUUUUUCUUCUUCUUGUAAUUACAAAUAGCCGUCGUUCUUCGCAGCCCCCUCCAUUCUAAACACAGUAUGAAGGAAUACCCGAGCGCCCCGGGACGUCUGCAUCCUGCCCGCGCCAAACAGGAAAAAACCGUCAAAUUUCUGCUGAUGUGGCAGCGUCGAGUAGCCUAAUGGAAAGAGUUUGCUUAUUGCCCCUUAAGAUAUUCAGCUUUCAGUCCCGCCAUCCUGAUGUCUCGCGCUGCAUAGCACGCCGAACUGAAGUGCAAACGGGCUAGGAUCGCCAGAUAUUUGUUUCCGCUUUUUAAAAAAUCUCUCUUACUGGCUCUUGUACUUUCCCUUUCUUUUACGGCAUGGUUUUAUAUCGCUUUGGCUUGAGGACUUCAACCCUCCGAGACUUAAACCUUUCUGAGAUCUAUCUGUUCAGGUCAUCGUAAGCUUACACCAAAAUGCUAGGGAUGCUUGUGUGGAUAAUGCAGUCUAUGACUAUUACAGGAAAGCACACACAGAGUGCACUGUGAACUGAUUACAUUACGAAACAGGGUCCGCGAAGUUAUCGCGUUAUCGGAACCCACGAAACAUACGCAUUCCUGUAUAAGAAACCGACUCUCAAGAUAAGAGCUCUCCCGGAACAUUUGCAACGCGGAAAAGCAAUGAUCGAGACAUCAAGAACCGCCGGGAGAGCGCACUAAGGGAAGACGGCCUGUCGCAUACGCUAGAUAAGCUUUACAGGAAUAGAAAUUGGAGAAGAGAACCGCGAUAAGACUGAAUGUCUGUUGAACCGGGCUAACGAAACCCUGCACAUCACACAGUCACCAGUCCGAUUUAGACCAGCGGAAUGACUGUAGUGGCCGGAGAUAACAUGGACGAGACCUCGGCUCUGCCCGGGAACCCGCUGGACACGUACUUCCCUUACCACGAAGACCACGAAUGUUGUGAGCGAGUGGUCAUCAACAUAGCCGGGCUUCGCUUCGAGACUCAACUGAAAACCCUGGCGCAGUUCCCCGAGACUCUGCUGGGCAAUCCCAAGAAAAGGAUGCAGUACUUCGACCCACUGAGAAAUGAGUACUUCUUUGACAGAAAUCGUCCGAGUUUCGAUGCCAUUCUCUACUACUACCAGUCCGGUGGCAGGUUGAGAAGACCGGUAAACGUACCUCUGGAUAUGUUCUCGGAAGAGAUCAAAUUUUACGAGCUCGGGGUGGAAGCGAUGGAAAGAUUCCGUGAGGACGAGGGGUUCAUACGAGAGGAAGAGCGUCCUUUGCCCGAAAAAGAAUUCCAACGCCAGAUGUGGCUUUUGUUUGAGCACCCAGAAAGUUCAGGGCCCGCCAGGGGAAUUGCUAUAGUGUCCGUCAUGGUCAUAUUGAUUUCAAUUGUCAUAUUUUGCUUGGAGACCUUGCCCGGACUGAAACAAGACCCCGCGGGGCAUCUGGAAGUCAUGGGGAACACUACCUUCUACUAUAAACCAAAUAUAUUGACAGACCCGUUCUUUAUUGUGGAGACCCUCUGUAUCAUCUGGUUCUCGUUUGAGUUGAUAGUGCGUUUUUUCGCCUGCCCGAGUAAGGCGGCUUUCUUUAAGAACGUGAUGAACACUAUCGACGUAGUGGCCAUCAUUCCCUAUUUUAUCACUCUGGGGACAGAGCUCGCGGAUGAUCAAGAAGGCAAAGAGGUCAAAGGAGAGCAGGCGACGUCCUUGGCUAUCCUCAGGGUAAUCCGUCUGGUUAGGGUAUUCAGAAUAUUCAAGCUUUCACGGCACUCGAAGGGUCUGCAGAUUUUAGGGCAGACCCUUAAAGCCAGCAUGCGCGAGCUGGGACUACUCAUUUUUUUCCUCUUCAUAGGCGUCAUCCUGUUCUCCAGCGCCAUUUUCUUCGCCGAAGCCGAGGAGAGCGGGUCUCACUUCACCAGCAUCCCGGACGCGUUCUGGUGGGCUGUGGUAUCCAUGACAACCGUAGGCUACGGGGACAUGUACCCAGUGACGAUAGGGGGCAAGAUCGUGGGAUCCCUGUGCGCCAUUGCCGGCGUGUUGACGAUUGCGCUUCCGGUACCUGUCAUCGUCUCUAACUUUAAUUACUUCUACCACAGGGAGACCGAAGGGGAGGAGCAGGCUCAGCUUUUAAAUGUCAGCACCCCGAACAUCGCAUCUGACUCCAACUCAAGCCGCCGCAGUUCUUCUACCGUCAGCAAGUCAGAAUAUAUGGAGAUUGACGAGGACAUAAAUAACAGCAUUGACAAUAUAAGAGAGGCAAACCUCAAAACUGGGAACUGCAUCGUAGCCAACCAAAAUUGUGUUAACAAAAGCAAGCUGCUAACUGACGUUUAGAACUUUAAUUCUUGCCGCCACUGCACUCAAAGGACUCCUCACUCCUUGAAUAGCCUGUUCUGUACUUCGCCUGUAUCCGAAAGCUUUAUCUGCAUAAUGCGUUCUUGCAUUGCGAUUUUAAGCCCCAGCAAGAUCAAAGGAGAAACACUUUCAGAAUAGGCCUCAUGAAAGAUGAAUAUGUUUUCUUUUGAAAUGGGAUCCUUGCAAGCUGAUACAGGAGCAAUCUGUUAACCUGGGUGAUUCAAAUAUGACUGUAGGCUACAACAAAUCCACUACACCGGACUUCUUUCAAUUGCUUGUCAAAACAGACUAACUGAUGGUUUAAAAAAAAUAUGUUAUGCAUGGACUCAGGCAACCUGGAAUGUCUCUUGAGUUAUUAAUUCUACUGAAACGCACGCAUCUGCAGCUAUCGAUCAACGUACUUCUUCGUGACAGGUGACCAAGCUAUACUAACCAGCCUAAAGCACUUUAACGAAACCUACAAAAAGACUGGUCUAUCGCAGCGAGAGGAAAUAACGGUCUCGAAGACGUCCACAAUGCUGCUAUUCUAUCGCAGAUGCUGUAAUUUCAGAAUGUUGCCGUGUGGAACAUGUGAGAUGCCGUGCCCUUUAUAUGCUCGAUAGCACAAUGACAACAAAAAAGGAAGAAAAAGUUAAAUAUUAGCAUGUUCAGAUAUUCUAAUUUUUUAAUAUUGGCAUGCGUGAAACAUUACCUCAUUACAAUCAGAUUUCUUUGUUGUUUGAUCCCAUUAUUAUUAUUAUUAUUAUUAUUAUUAUUAAGUUUCUCAUUUGCUUUCACCAAAAGUGCACUAGCUAUCAAUAAUUUAAGUUGUUAAUAAUUUAAAAGUAUUUAAGUGCUGAAUGUUAAAUCCUUAGGGAACAGUAAAUUCUGCAGAUCAUUGCAUGUCAAAAGUGCUCAGCAUUAUAGCCUAAUCGACUAAGGUACUAUGUAUCCUAGUAUAUUUAAUGCAUGACGUCAGCAUUAAGAAGCUUGCGGUAAUGAAUGAUUUAUCGAACGACUUUUUUCCUCGUUAUUGUUUGGGACGUGAGGAAGCGCCGUGACCACGGCGUGCGUCCCAAAACUUGACUAUGUAUAAAUCCCAGGCCAACACGGGAAAAAAAGGUUUUAAAACCAUAAAAAGAUUAAAGGGGAACGGAUCAAAAGGUAUAUCAUAUAGCCUGCACUUAGCACCCAUUACAGUCAACACUCAUUUAAGGGUGCACUGCAUGGACGUUCUAUAAAUAAGGAAGCUAAAAAAUUGCAAUGUAAAUGAUGCAUCCCUAUUGCGUUAUUUUAAUAAGUUUGCUAGUGCCUUUGACCCUGUAACCCAUUGGAUUGUUGAAAGUGCCUCAUUGUACACUAGAAUAACACAAUUUAAAGUUGAAGUGGAGUGAUUCUUUGCUCAAUUGCACUAAUAAUCAAUCCAUGUGUUCUUUAGUGACCAACAGUUAAAUACCCUAAGCUUACGUUAGCAAGUGUUCUGAAAAAUGAGUGAAUUCUUGGAUGUGGUGAAGAAGUGAAAAUGUCUGAAUUUGUGUCUGAAUCGAAGCUUUGGGCUGCCGUUCAAAUGGCACACUGUGUGUCAGCCUCAGUGAAAUCCCCAAUACGACUUCAUUAUGAGUCAAUUAUGAGUAACCUAUACUAGUAAAAUUCAUCUUAAUCUAUACACUUUUUCUCAACAUACUGUACCAACAUACCUAUUUGUUAUUCAUUUUUCUAUUUUUUAUUUUUUAUUUUUCGUUGUCUAACUGCCCUGCGGUGGAUUGGGGGCCUGUCCAGGGUGUAUUCCUGCCUCUUACUCAAUGCAUGCUGGGAUAGGCUCCAGCACCCCCUGCGACCCUGCCUAGGACAAGCGGGUAUAGAUAAUGGAUGGAUGGAUGGAUGGUUGUCUAACUCAGCUGUGGUGGUAUUAUUCAAUGCAGCGCUCGUUAUUUGAAAUGUUAUUUGAAUUUAGCGUUCAGCUGAUUGUCAUGCUUUUGGACAACCACUUUUAAACCACUGGGACACCCGGAAGAGUAACGCAGGCACUUAGCGUGAAUGAACCCCAGACCCUGACCCCUCCGAGGCACGGCCGUAAGUCAUACAUGGUCGUAGGAUUUAUAGAUUUCAAGUCAGAAAGCUGUAGACUUUGGGAGAGUCUGUAAGGGGUUGUCUGGUAUGGAAGGGGCAUACUUCAGACUUCAGUUUCGAACAACAGGAAACCCCACCCCCCCUCCCCCAACAAAAAAAUUUAAAUAAAAAGCAAAACUGAAUAAUAAUAGAGGGCAUUAUCCAAUUCUAAAAGGGAAAUUUCUCCCUUACUAGACAUUCUCAUAUAUUUUUAAAGACAUAAAAUUGUGUUGUGGUUAUCUAGAUACAGUGAGCUCCAUAAUGUCUGGGACAAACAUAUAUUUCUUGAUUUGGCUCUGUACUCCACAAUUUUAGCCUUGCAAUAAAACUAAUCACAUGUGGUUAAAGUGCAUAUUCUCAGUUUUUAU